CUCCAUUCCACCCAUUCUCCAUUCUUCAUUUCAUAUCAAACAGUCGACUUCUGAUCUACUGAACUUUUUGACCCUUCUACUUACAAGAUAUCGUCGAAUAACCAGCCAAAUGGCUUUCGUUGAGCUGUAAAUGCCUCGCUGGGGAGCCAUCCGGUUCCCCAGUCCUGCAGCUCCGAUCCCUUAUUUCGACUUGACGAUAUCUGUUACUCUUUCAACGGCUCCUGUGAAGCGUUGGAAUUGCCCCAAAGUACACUCCCAGAAGGAGCACGGCGUUCGCAUUGAACUGCGGGUGCUUUCACCAUCGGAAAAAUCUCCCUACCUCCCGCUCCGCCUCCCCACCCUCUACCCACCCUCAGCCCUCCAUUUUAUGAACAACCUUGGACCCAAUUACGAAUAUUCUCUUCUCCUAAAGAGAUCCACUCACCCCCUCCACCUGCUAGGCCCGCCUCAAACGAAAAGGGAGCUGAACAGUCCGGACCAUAAAAUUCCACGUCCCCUACCUUCUUUCUCGCAAUGCCUCAAUCGUCGUAUUCCUCCAAGCGGGCACCCAAGAGUUCAGCGAAAAACGCUCACCCUCGCCCUUCAACCCCCGAAGGCCACUUCAUGCGCAACCUCGAUAUGUCUCCCAAGGCCAACCCCCCUAGGAAGUCGGCCAAUGGUCGACCAGCCGACAGAAAACGCAGAGCAUCGUCCUCCUCUGUCUCUUCUGUCUCCUCAGUCUCGUCCCUUGAGGAUCUGAGCGAGGAGGCAGAUGAUUCCGAAGAAGAUGCGGACGAUGAGGAAGAACCAGCUGUCAGGGCUCCGUCUUAUCGUCGUAGGGACAAUAAGGCGGGGCGCCAACCUGCACGAGCCAAGAGAAGACGGGUGGUUCCCGAUGAUAGCAGCAAUGCUAGUGACUCUGAUGAGAGUUCUGACGAUAUUUAUGCUGCAGUGGACUAUAUUACGGAUGCUGAAGACGAAGAGCAAGACGUUGAACAAAUGGAAGAGAUGAUGAUCAUGGAGUCUGAAAGAUCACAGCGGGCUAUGCCCACCUCGGAACUCAACGAUGAGCAGUGGACCAUCUCCACCGUAUUUGACGACCACAUGUUCCUACCGGCGGCUUCUUUCUUCGACGAGGAGCACUUGUACUCCGCCAUGGACGCUUUUGGAGAGCCAGAAAUGACUAGCGAGGCCGUUGAGACUCCAGUUGCUCGACGAGUCCACUUCGAGGAGCGAUCCGACUCGUCCUCCGACAGUGACUCCCACACCGACGAUGAAAUUCCCGGUGACUUUUUACAGCAAGACAGCUUGGACCCACAGCUGCGUCGUAUGAUUGAAAAUGACCACGAAUCCUACCGCACCAACCACCGUAGGCAGUCUGAAGAGAUAUUUGGUGAUGCUGAUUACGGCCACGGAAACAUUUACCACGUCGAGUCUGAGGGUUCCUCCGAGGGCAGCUUGAGUGGAUACGAGAGCGAUGAUGGCGACACCACAGAUGAAGAUUUGCCUCCGCCAGCUACCAUCACUCACCCUCGAUCCCUUCUUCGCCGGGACUCAUCCGACUCUUUGGCCCCCGUGGGUGACGACAAAAGUGAUAGCGUCCCUCGCCGCCGUGGUCCCAUCAUGGGAACCUUCGUGGCUGAUCCCCACAAGCCAGUGGCUCUGGUUGACUGCACUGGAAAGCACCUAGUCAUAAUACCUGCCUAUGCAUCCUCUCGCCACGACUGGCUCGAGUCCGCCGCCAACAGCAUGCCGGGAACUGCCAAUACCAGCCCUCGCCAGACUACUCUUCACCUGGUCGACGAGAGCGACACCGACGCUCUUGCUUCUCCUAACCAGACGGACCUCAGCCCCAUGCUGGCAUCCAGUGCCAACCUGAUGAUGACCGCUCUUGGAAACGACCUCACACCUGGAGGCCAGGUUAUGGGUCCUCCCGAGGCAUUCUACCCCUCGCAAGACUUCACCAUCGACAGCUCAUUUGAGGAGGAUGAAGACGAUGACCCCGAGUCCGCCCUCAAUGUCGACGACUUCAUCGACUUUGGCAACGGCUCCUCGGACGAGGAAGAAGACAUGGACAAGCAGUUCGACGAUGAAGCCCAUGUCUCCCCAAUGGCACCCCCAUCCGUCAAGUCCAUUAGCGCCCGCACUCCCACGCGCAAAUCCGACUCCCAAACCCCUAACAACGAAGAGCGCUUCUUGAACCACCUGGACAAGGGCAUCGUCACAGCCUUCCGCCGCAACCACAACCGCUACCAGGCUCUCCUCCGCCUUCCCCAGCACCGCGAGUUCAUGCCCGCAAACUCCCCAGCUCGCCCUGCAAGCGUAUUUCGCCAUGCAAAGAACAACGACCAGCGCACGCCGACUCGCAAGCGCAAGUCAAGCGGCAUCGCCGGCGGCGAGGCUGUCCGCCGUAAACUGAUGGACGCCCAACAACGGCGUAGCGCUCAACUCCCAAUGUAAACAACUGGUGCUUUUGAUUGUCGUCUAGACACCCCGAACCGGGCCAGACAUCCACACAUAUUCCCUUCCCCAUGGGCCAUGUCCCCGGUUCUCGUUACGAUUUCCACGACUUUUGGAUUUACAAGAUCAUGAUACACACGGGCGCAUCUCCUAUUCAUUUCCUUGGUCGCUGGCUGACUCGACUCUCGUGGGCUGCAUCCCCCACCCACCUUGAAAUGGGCGCAAAAGCUCACACUUCCUGGUAUCAUUGCAUUUUCUGCUGGGUUGUGGG